AUGGCACUUGGGGGUCCGACCGGCCCGCAUCAUGACAGCGCGCUGCUGCCGUCGCCUGCUUCGAUAUCAUCUUCGCCGGUCUUGUGGAGCAGCGGCAACAGCACAGCCGCGCCUCCGCCGAGCAGCGGCAGCGGCAGCGGCAACAACCUACCGCCGCCCUCCAUGUCGUCCCUGAUGCCGCCGCCGCCGCCGCAACGGCUGCUGCUACUGCCUGUGAGUCCCUGCGACUCCACCUCUCCAUUCGCUGGCCCGGCGCUGCCACCCGCAGGACCGAGCGCCUCUUUGGCGUCCACAUCCGCAUGCGCAUCGGACCGAGGCGAAGUUGCGGCCGCUGUGGAGGCUGACGCUGCUGCGCCGCCGGACCUGCUGAUGCAGCCGCCGCCGCCGCCGCCGCAGCCGCAAGCACGUCAAUAUCAGCAAGAUUAUCAAGUGAGAGAGGGCCAGUUGCAGCAGCAGCAGCCUGCCGGUGUCAUCUGUGAUAGCUCUAACAGGAUUGAACAGGGGAACACAGGACCUCGACAACGGCGGCUGCGCCUUCACCACACGGUGGCGGCCCUGGAGACCCGGGCCCUGGAGGAUCCCGGCGGCUGGAAUCAACUGCUGGCGGGAUGUCCGGGAGGCGAGGCUGUUUCUGGAGGUGGGCGAGGUGGCGGGGGCGGCGGGGGCGACUACUUGAUGCUACUGCCGACCUGCGCAAGUCCCUUUCUCAGUGCAGCGUUCGCGCCGCUUCCGCCGCCGCCGCCGCCGCCGCCGGCGGGUGCUGCUGGCAAGGAAUUCGGCGCUGCGGGCGCUGUGCUGGCGGCAGCGACGGCGGCAGCGGCGGCAACGCCGGCGGUGGCAGCGGAGACGGAGGUGGAAGAGGUACAGGCAGCUCGGAGCCUUGGAGAUAUGCUGAUGCCGCUGCCGAUACCGAUGUCGAUGCGAGGGGGGGAGGAGGUACUUGUUGGGCACACACGGCACAGGCUGGUCAUUGAGCAGGGUUCCGGAGCCGAUGGUAACCUCCCCUUCGCCAAGGAGGAGGAUGUGGUGGUCAGCAAAGAGGUGCUGCUGAGGCUGUCGGAGGGCCCGGAACCACAGGCGGCGGCGGCAGCGGCGGCGGCGGCAGCGGCGGCGGCGGCGGCGGCGGCAGCUGAUGCCGCGUUCGACAUCAGCCGUGGCGUGCGUGUGGGGGCCAGCGGGGGGCCGGGAGCGAGAUCAAUCCAGUCAGACGGCGUCCCGUCUUCGGGGGUCUCGUGUUUCGUAAGCAUAGACGUUCCCGCGCGCGAGCGACCUGGUGUGCUGAGAUUGAGACUGUUGCCGGAGGCGGCGGAGGAUGCCGCGAGCAAAGACGCCAGCGGCGCCGUACUACCGCCGCCGCCGUCCUCGCCACUGGUCAGUUUGCCGCUGCUGGUGCUGCCGCCGCAUGUGGUUCCGGAGCUGCGGGAGAUUUUUGCCGACUCUGUACGGGAGGGUCUUCCUGGGGUUCCGCCAGAGCGCUUGCGGCAGCUCCUCCCGGCCAUCGUGUCGUCCGUCGGCGGCGCCGCCGCUGCCGCCGCCGCCGCCGCCGUUGAUGACGUCAACAGUUCCGGGGCCGGGCCCGGCACGUCGUCUUUAGAUCACCCUCUCUUUACCUUGAUGAUGGCACAAGGCCCUCCUAAGGCAGCGGCGGCGUCGCCUACUCGGAGCUGCACCCCCCGGAUUGCGGCUUCCGGAACCCGUACGGCAUCGCUCCCGUACAGUACGGCAGCUGCAGCGGCGGCAGCGGCGGAGGGACUGACCGCGUUGUGGGCAUCAUCGCAGGGGCCGUACAACGAUAUUUGGCCGCUGCCGCCGGAGCUGACGGCUGCGGCGGCGUGGGCGUGGGAGGAGCACAUGGUGCCGCUGCUGAACGACCUGGCGGCAGUGUUGUCGUACAGUGACGCUGCGCCGGCGGCGGAGGGCGCCGUCAGCUCACAGGAGGUUGCGGAUGCGUUCUGCCGGCUGUUCGGCUUCCUUGAGGCUGUCGGCGGCAAGGAGCAGCUCCUCACGUUCUUAACCUGUGAUGCGCCUGGAGCGCUGCAGGCGUGUACGGCAGCAGUGGCGGCGGCGGCGGCAGCAGCAGAGCUGGAUGCGCCUCCGUCGACGUUAACCGACGCGGCAGUCGACAGGGCUGCAGCUGGCGCUGCCGCCAUAGCGGCUGAUGCGACUUCGCCGUUCGUUCAUGAGUUGCUACCGGCAGCUGUCGAGGCGGCAGCGCAGCCACGAGACAUGGCGGCGGCGGCUGAAGCCAUAACGCCGCCGCCGCCGCCGCCGCCGCCAAAGCGCCCGUCGCCAACAGCAGCCGCGCCAACAACCCUUACGCAGUCGCGCUCGUUGCAAGAGGACCGUGAUCCCUUAACUCCUGAUAAUUCCAUCCCCGCCGCCGCCGCCGCCGCCGCCGCCACUGACAACAGCGCAGCAGCACCAGUCAGCAGCUCGGCGGCGCAUCCGCCGGCCGACGGCAGCAGCCUCUGCAGCGGCAGUAGCAACAACAGCUGGGCGCUCUGGGAGGAAGAGGCGAGUGCGAUUGGCGUGGACCCACGGGUCUGUCCGCCGUUUGGCGCUGUACGACAGCUUGCUCGGUCCUUUAGCGAGGCUGUCGUUGAGUCCAUCGGCAUGGCGGCUAUCGGACUUCUGGCGUUCCCAUUUCCGAGGGGCCCAGGGACUGGCAGUAGCAGCGACGGCGGCGGCGGCGGUAGCGCUGGCGAUGUGGGCUCUGAGGCCUGGAGGCCGCAGCUGCAGCCGAGCCGCGCGCGUUCGGCCCCGCAUGGCAAAGCGGCUGUAGCAACUCCACAUCAUUACACGCCGUUUCACAGCAGUACAACAGUGAUGGCGGAGGCGGAGACGCCCGUGCCGCUGCCAGCGACGCCGACGACGGCGGCAGCAGCUGUAGCACGGCCACCGCCAUGUCCAGACGCCUCCGCUGGAAGGUCAGCUGACGGCGCCGACGGCUUCUGCAUGGCGGCGCCCGCCGGAGUGGAGGGGUACGAAAGCGAUAAGGAUUUUCUGUACGGCAGCGGCGGCGGUGGUGUCGCCAAUAGCAAAAGAAUCGGCACCAGAGACGCUUCGGGAUUCGGCAGAGCCGCACCCGCCGUUGCACGCACAGCCGCCGCCGCCGCCGCCGCGGACGUCAGCGGUGUCUACGGAAGUCAUUUCGGCUUUCUGCCGGUGCCGCCGCCGGCGCCGAAGCGUGCUCGGCGGCUGGCGGAUCAGCCGCCACCGGUGCCGUACGACACGUUCGAGGAGGAAUGGACCGCGACGGCGGCGGCUUCUUUCCUCGAGGGCAACGGCAGUGAGGUAGCGGCCGGGGGGUCUGACGCCAUUCGGGCAUUGCUCAGCUCGUGGUGA